AUGUGUGGCAUUUUCGGCUACAUCAAUUACCUGGUGGAGAAGGACAGGAAGUUCAUUCUAGACACACUGGUUAAUGGCCUCUCCCGCCUCGAAUACCGUGGAUACGACUCAGCUGGCCUGGCUGUUGACGGGGACAAGAAGAAUGAGGUCUUUGCCUUCAAGGAAGUUGGCAAGGUCGCCAAGCUGAAGCAGCUCAUCGACGAGUCCGAUGUCGACCUCACCAAGAUCUUCGAUUCACACUGCGGAAUUGCUCACACGCGAUGGGCCACCCACGGGCCCCCUUCUCGCCUGAACUGCCAUCCCCACAGAUCUGACCCGAACUGGGAAUUCUCCAUUGUGCACAAUGGAAUUAUCACAAACUACAAGGAACUGAAGACGCUCCUGCAGAGCAAGGGCUUCAAGUUUGAGACCGACACCGAUACCGAGUGCAUCGCAAAGCUGGCCAAAUACAUCCACGACCAGCACCCGCAGAUCGGCUUCACCGACCUCGCCAAGGCGGUCAUCACCGAGCUUGAGGGCGCCUAUGGGCUUCUGAUCAAAAGCGUCCACUACCCCCACGAGGUGAUCGCUGCCCGCAAGGGUUCUCCCCUGGUUAUUGGUGUUAAGACACAGAAGCGCAUGAAGGUUGAUUUCGUCGACGUCGAGUACGCAGACGAGAACAACCCUUUGCCCGCCGAGACGGCGUCGCAGAAUGUUGCCCUGAAGAAGUCGCCUGGAGCCGGCGGUAGCAGCCUCCUCACCCCGAAUGGACUGCUCGGAGCUGCUGACAAGUCGCUGCUCCACCGCUCACAAUCCCGCGCCUUCAUGACCGACGAUGGCAUGCCCAUGCCCACCGAGUUCUUCCUGUCCUCCGACCCAUCCGCCAUUGUCGAGCACACCAAAAAGGUUAUGUACCUGGAGGAUGAUGACAUUGCCCACAUCCACGAGGGCUCCCUCAACAUCCACCGCCUGAAGAAGGCCGACGGCAGCAGCAACGUCAGGGCCAUCCAGACCCUCGAGCUGGAGCUGCAGGAGAUCAUGAAGGGCAAAUUCGACCACUUCAUGCAGAAGGAGAUCUUCGAGCAGCCCGAGUCGGUCGUCAACACGAUGCGUGGCCGCCUCGACAUCGAGAACCAGAAGGUUACCCUCGGUGGCCUCCGCAGCUACAUUGCGACAAUCCGCCGCUGCCGGCGCAUCAUCUUCAUUGCCUGCGGUACAUCGUACCACUCGUGCAUGGCUGUCCGGGGAAUCUUCGAGGAGCUCGCCGAAAUCCCCAUCGCCGUCGAGCUUGCUUCCGACUUCCUCGACCGGCAAGCGCCCGUCUUCCGCGACGACACUUGCGUUUUCGUCUCCCAAUCCGGCGAGACGGCCGACUCCCUCAUGGCACUGCGCUACUGCUUGGAGCGGGGGGCCCUGACUGUCGGUAUCGUUAACGUCGUCGGCUCGUCUAUUUCUCUGCUGACACACUGUGGUGUGCACGUCAACGCCGGGCCCGAGAUCGGCGUUGCCUCGACCAAGGCGUACACAUCGCAGUUCAUUGCCAUGGUCAUGUUCGCACUCUCUCUGAGCGAGGAUCGCGCGAGCAAGCAGAAGCGGCGCGAGGAGAUCAUGCAUGGCCUCAGCAACAUCUCCAGCCAGAUUAAGGAGGUGCUCGAGCAGGACCGGAGCAUCAAGGAGCUGUGCGCCAAGACGUUCAAGGACCAGAAGAGUCUGCUUCUGCUGGGUCGUGGAUCUCAGUUCAGCACGGCUUUGGAGGGUGCCCUCAAGAUUAAGGAGAUCAGCUACCUUCAUUGCGAGGCAGUCAUGAGUGGUGAGCUCAAGCAUGGUGUCUUGGCGCUGGUCGACGAGAACCUCCCCAUCAUCAUGAUCUUGACCCGGGACGACAUCUUCACGAAGAGCCUGAAUGCCUACCAGCAAGUCAUUGCUCGCGGUGGCAAGCCGAUCGUUAUCUGCAACAAAGCGGACGAGGAGUUCCAGACUAGCCAGGCCGAGACCAUCGAGAUCCCCAAGACGGUCGACUGCCUCCAGGGCAUCCUCAACGUGAUUCCCCUGCAGCUCAUUGCCUACUGGCUCGCCGUCAUGGAGGGUCUCAACGUCGACUUCCCCCGGAACCUGGCCAAGUCGGUUACUGUGGAAAAGGAUGAAAUCCGGAUUUUGCUAGUGAUACAACCAGUAUUCUCUCCUUUAUCAGCUCUAUCACAUCUCCAACAGCUUCGCGUCCUGAUGCUGCCUUGCUGUAUGGCUGCCUGA